AUGGGAACUUAUGUAUUAUACUCAUAUUGGCGUAGCAGUUGUAGCUGGCGAGUACGCACUGCGUUGGAAUGGAAAGGAAUUCCCUAUGAAUAUCACGCAAUACACGUGCUAAUUGGUCGUGACGAACAGUUCCAGGACAAGUAUACAGCGCUUAACCCGAACCAGCGUUUACCGACUCUUGUAGUCGACGGUCAUAUCUUACCUCAAUCUGGUGCCAUUCUUGAGUUUCUGGAAGAGACACAUCCAGAAAAGCCGCUACUACCAACUGACGCUUUUGCUCGUGCCCAAGUGCGCAAUUUGUGUGCAAUCAUCGGUUGUGAUAUUCAACCCAUCCAGAACCUUUCAGUGGUGCUUAAGGCGACGGAAAACCUUCCGGAAGAGCAACGAGCUACUAAGAAGCAGCAGUGGGGGAGGUACUGGAUCGAACGCGGUUUCCAAGCACUUGAAGUAGAGUUGGUCAAGACGGCGGGUGUAUACUGCUUUGGUGAUAAAGUUACUCUUGCGGAUCUGUAUCUGCAGCCGCAAGUGUACAACGCCAACCGAUUUGGCGCGGACGUAACCAAAUUCCCGACCAUAGCUCGUAUUUCUGCAGCACUGGAAGCCGUACCAGCGUUUCAAAAGGCUCAUCCGUUACAACAACCUGAUGCUAUUAAUUAA